AUGCCCAUAAGACCAGAUCUCCAGCAGUUGGAAAAAUGCAUUGAUGAUGCUUUAAGGAAAAAUGAUUUCAAACCUUUGAAAACACUUUUACAAAUUGAUAUUUGUGAAGAGGUGAAGAUUAAAUGCAGCAAGCAGUUUUUCCACAAGUUGGAUGACCUUGUAUGCAGGGAACUUAAUAAAAAGGAUAUCCAAGCAGUUUCAACAAUUUUGGUUUCUUUUGGAAGAUGUGGCAAAAAUAUCACUAUAUUGGGGCAUGCCGGACUUACAACUAUGAUAAAGCAAGGACUGGUCCAAAAGAUGGUUGCCUGGUUUGAAAAAUCAAAGGAGAUUAUUCUCAGCCGAGGAAAUUCAAAAGAUGAGGCAGUUAUAAAUAUGAUAGAAGACUUAUUUGAUCUUUUGAUGGUCAUACAUGACAUCAAUGAUGAAGGUAGAAGGCAAGUACUGGAAAGUUUUGUGCCUCGAAUCUGUGUCCUGGUUAUUGACUCAAGAGUGAAUAUUUGUAUUCAGCAGGAGACUCUAAAAAAAAUGAAUGCUAUGCUUGACAAAAUGCCUCAAGAUGCCAGGAAAAUACUCUCUAACCAAGAAAUGUUAAUUCUCAUGAGUAGUAUGGGAGAAAGGAUUUUAGAUGCUGGAGAUUAUGACUUACAAGUAGGUAUCGUAGAAGCACUAUGUAGAAUGACUACAGAAAAACAAAGACAAGAAUUGGCAUGUCAGUGGUUUUCAAUGGAUUUUAUUGCUAAUGCAUUUAAAGGAAUUAAAGAUUCUGAAUUUGAAACAGAUUGCAGAGUAUUUCUCAACCUUGUAAAUGGCAUGCUUGGAGACAAGAGAAGGGUCUUUACAUUUCCUUGUUUAUCAGCAUUUCUUGAUAAAUAUGAGUUGCAAAUACCUUCAGAUGAAAAACUUGAGGAAUUUUGGAUAGAUUUUAAUCUUGGGAGCCAGACUCUGUCAUUCUACAUCGCUGGAGAUAAUGAUGAUCAUCAGUGGGAAGCAGUGACUGUCCCUGAGGAUAAAGUACAAAUAUACAGCAUUGAAGUGAGAGAAUCGAAGAAGCUACUGACCAUAAUUCUGAAAAACAUAGUAAAAAUUAGUAAAAGAGAAGGGAAAGAAUUGCUUUUGUAUUUUGACGCAUCAUUGGAAAUAACUAAUGUGACACAAAAAAUUUUCGGUGCAAGUAAAUAUAGGGAAUUUACCAGAAAACAAGGUAUUUCCAUUGCCAAAACAUCUGUGCAUAUACUUUUCGAUGCAAGUGGAUCACAGAUUCUAGUGCCAGAAAGUCAAACCUUGCCCAUCGAAGAGGAACUCAUUGCUUUGAAAGAAAAACCUAACUCCCAAAAGGAAUUUGCUAAACCUUCAAAAUACAUCAAAAACAGUAAUCAAGGGGACAGAAAGAAUAGUCAGCUUGAGAUAACUACUCCUAGCAAAAGAAAAAUGUCUGAAGCAUCAAUGAUUGUUCCUGGUGCGGACAGAUACACUGUGAGAAGUCCAGUACUUUUAAUCAACACAUCAACACCUCGAAGAGGAAAAAUUAAACCACCACUGCAAGUGAUGGGUUCUGCAGAAAAACCCGAUGUACCUAAAACGUCACAAAGUGGAGUGGACAAUGCUGUAUCUCUUGUAUCUAGACCAUCUGAAGGAAGAAAUACUGGAGCUAAUACAGACAAACACAUCGAAACUGCUAAAGUUGUAGGGAAGACAGAGAAUAAGAACAUUGAAUUCCCAAACCAAAAUAUUAAUGACCUGCAGGAUGUUGUUCCAGAUUCCCAGGCAGUGGAGAAAAUAGAUAAGCCUAUGUUACCUGGUGUUUCGGGCAACAUCUGUGGAAAUAAAAUGCCCUCCAAAUGGUCGUGCUGGACUCCUGUAACAAAUAUUAAUUUGUGUAACAACCAAAGAGCAGGCACUUCAUCAGGAGACACAUUCAGUCAAGGUGUAACUGUCAACAAAAAACUUAGGAAACAAAAAUCAUCCUCUUCCAUAUCUGAGGAUAAUUCUGAAGAAGCAGAAAAGGUGCGAUAUAAGAAAAAAAAAAUGCAGCAUAACAAAAUAGAGAAAGCAGAAGUAGGAGUUUGCAAAAGAGACACUCAGCAACGACUAAAUCAUCCUAAACAUUCAGAGCAGAAAAACACUGAAAAUACCAAGCAAAGUGAUUGGCAUAUUGAAUCUGAAACUACUUUUAAGUCUGUUCUCCUAAAUAAGACAGUUGAAGAAUCUCUGAUCUAUAGGAAGAAAUACAUACUGUCAAAAGAUGUGAAUCCUGAUGUUUGUGAUAAGAGCCCUUCUCCUAGAAAAAAUGUGAAAAGUCAUAGAAAAUCAGGGAAAAGAUUAACGUCGGAACUUAAUUCCUGGGAUCUGAGACCAAAAAAAAUGAGAGAAAAGUCAAAAGACAAAGGCUUUACUGAUGCAGCAGAAACCUUGAUAAACCAAAUUAAUAAGAGGUAUAAACCAAAGGAAGAUAUAAAGUCUACAAGAAAAUUCAAGGAGUCUUUGAUUGACAGUGGCUUUUCAAACAAAUCUGAUCUGCAGCUCAGUAAGGAAAAGGUUCAGAAAAAAAGUUAUAGACAACUGAAGACUACUUUUGUUAAUGUUACUUCUGAAUGCCCGUUGAAUGAUGUUUACAAUUUUAAUUUGAAUGGAGCUGAUGAGCCUAUUAUAAAACUUGGAAUCCAGGAAUUUCAAGCUACAGCUACAGAAGCCUGUGUGGAUAAUUCAAUAAAACUGAUAGGUUUAAGGAAUCAUGAUGAACUUGAAACUUCUCUCAAAACAAAAGAUAAAAGAAUUGUAACAAAUCCUAAAAAGAAAAAUCUUUUUAGUGAUACUGACACAGAAUACAGAUGUGAUGACAGCAAGACUGAUGUCAGCUGGCUAAAGGAACCAAAGUCAAAACCACAACUAAUAGACUAUAGCAGAAAUAAAAACAUGAAGAAACCUAAAAGUGGGAAAUCAAAACCAUCUUUGGAAAGGGGACAACCAAGAUCUAAAGUGACACCCAACAAAAACAUCACCAAAAAGGUAGAGGAGACAGUUCCAGAUGGGAGAACCAGACUUCCACGAAGAGCAGCAAAAACCAAAAAAAAUUAUAAAGAUCUCUCAAAUUCAGAAUCAGAAAGUGAACAAGAAUUUUCACAUUCGUUUAAAGAGAAAUUGCUAGUAAAGGAGGAGAAUAUCCAUUCCAGAAGCAAAACCAUGAAGCUGCCAAAAAAACAACAGAACAUCUUCUCUGCUGAAACACAAAAGGAUAUAUCAAAGGAAUGGAAAAAUUCAUCUCUCCUAAAAGAUGCUAUAAGAGAUAAUAGCCUUGACUUAUCUCCUAUAUCCUUAUCUGGGAGCCCAUCAUCUAUAGAAGUAAUGAGAUGUAUAGAGAAAAUAAGAGAAAGGAAUUUUACUCAGGAUUAUGACCGUAUAACAAACUCCCUAUCACCUUCUCCAAAAACUUCAUCCCCUGAAUCCUUAAGCAGUAAAUAUGGAGUUGGAGGUCCAAAAAAGUCACCUAAAAACAGUGACAAAAAUUUAUGUGCAAGAGAAAGUUGCUCGCUAAUUCCACGAUCCUUCUUGUUGCCCAGGCAUACUCCAAUUAAUAAUACUGUUGUGAAUAGAAAAAAUAUAAAUUCUGUGGUACUUACACAAGAUAUACACAAUUGCAACAGCUACUCAGAUGUAAGCAUUUAUAGUUCAGAAAAAAGUCAUUCCGCAUCUCCACUAUCCCUGUCUAGUGAAGAAAGAGAGCAGAUAUGGUGUGACUUGCCUUGUGGCUCUACUCAUAUGUCAGGCCCCACACAGCAUCGUAGUCGCAAACGAAUGUACAUAGAAGAUGAUCUAAGUAAUGCUGAUGAAAUAGAGUUGGAAGAAGAGGAGGAAGGGAGAGUAUACUUGCUUCCCAAAAAAGUAUCUAAAACUGAGGAUAGAGAUCAUCACACUUACAAAGUAUCUGGAAGUGUAUCUCCAUUAUCAACAAAUGACUUUUCUUUCCCUGGGGAGAGCUGGGAAAGUGAGAUCGCCGAGCUAGGGGUGAUGUGCGAGAGCCUCAACACAGAAUUUAGGAGGAAGUUCGAUAUCCGCCAGAAAGUGAUGGAUUAUUUUACAAAGCAGUCUUGGAAAACGGCUCAACAACAUCUGAACACAAUGAAGCAUCAGAUUCAGGAGUACAGGAUCAAAAAACUUGACAAGUUCCAAUUCAUCAUCAUAGAGGAGCUGGAAAAUUUUGAAAAAGAUUCACAGUCUUUAAAAGAUUUGGAGAAGGAGUUUGUGGAUUUCUGGGAGAAGACAUUUCAGAAGUUCAAUGCCUAUCAAAAAAGUGAACAGCAGAGGCUUCACCUUUUGAAAGCAUCACUGGACAAAAAUGUCUUCUACAGCACUGAUUACGAAGACACUGUUUUUACAUCUGAGAUGUGUUCGAUGAAAGAAAACAUGAAAAUGCUCCAAGACAGGCUCCUGAAGGAAACGCAAGAAGAGGAGCUUCUUAAUGUACGCAGAGGACUGAUGUCAUUGUUCAUGGCUCAUGAAAGAAAUGUUCGUGUGUGAUGUCUAGUUGUUAUCAACAGGUUUUAUCCACUUAUUCCUUUUUGUGUAUAACAGGAAAUACCAGAGUAGCCCUACAAAGAGAAAAAUACACAUGUCACCCCGGCCAGAGUGCUUUUGUAGGGGCCUCCAAACCCAAAGAAAUGUCGCCUUAUGGAUGUGAAAGAACCACUUUAACAUGACUGCAGCCUCCAGAGACUUCUGCCUGUAGAAUACUGCUCUUCUUUGAAAGGGAAAUUUGGGGGAACCAAACAGUAAAAAGAAUUUGCUUGUUUUUGUGGUAAUAUUUACAUUGCACAAAUCUUACCGAGUUAACUACACUCAUAAAACUAGUUUCUUUAAUAAACUAAGGUUUAUCAUAUAAAAUAUUUUUAAAAGAAUGCAGUUUGGACCAAAUAGAAGUAUUACUAGUACAGAAUAUACUACAUGUAAUAAAAAUUCAGCAUGCUGAGAAAGGCUAAAGGCUCGGAUGUAAAACCCUUACCUGAGUGGAAGCCAGUGCUCUGAGUGCGCUCGGAGAGCGUGGACGUUUGGCUGCGCUUCCACUUACUGCGCUGUUGAGACAUCGUCGCUGUAGGUAGAAGGCUCAGCUCAAGCAGCUGUUUUCACUGGUUCUUUUUAAGCUCCUAGUACUCAUUGUAAUAGUAUCUUGCUAACAUAAAAAUAUACAUGUUUUAACUAUAUAUUAAAGUUGAAAUAAAUGCUCUGUGACUUAAA